AAGCGGAUUCUUUUGAAUGGUUAACGUAGAUUUGAUAAUCUAUAUCUAUCUCCCCAUUAGUCCGCAUGGAUUGAAGGGGAUGGGCUCCCAAAUUUCUUUUUCCUAUUAUUUGAAAUGAGAUUUGUCCAUUAAGAUUUAAAUGGUGGCUGAUAAGAUUUAAAGGGUGGCUGAGGACGACUGCUUUUGAACGAAACCGAACAGCCUUCAGUGUACGGGAUUACCAUAACACCCAUCCACCUGCUGGCUGCUAAGAGAAUGUAUCUGUGGGAAUUACUUCCAGAGCAGGAUUAUUCAUAGUCAUACUAUCUUCCAUGAGAAGUAUGUACCCACUCUUUUCGAGUUCUUUAUGCAGGGAUUCACUCUGUGGUGAUAUGCCUCCAAUGGUACUGUCUGAAUCGAGUCUUUUUCAAGGUUUAAAUAGAAGACAGCAUAGUGUCUGCAACUGUAUUCGAUGGGUUGGAUCAGAAAAGAGAGUGAAACUGUCUCAUGUGAGAUAUGUAAGAUUGAACAAGGAAAAUAGUGCAUACUCAAGCCUUUAUAGAGUAGCCAAAAAAUCGGAGAACAUCUACAGAAUGCUGCUAAUUUCUGCUGAAUAUAGUGGAAAUGAUAAAAGUCCCUCAAUGACUCAUAAUUUGCUGGAAUCAGAUUCAGGCAGAGCCAAUCAGAGAGAUGGCCAUGGCUUGCAGGCCUUUGGUUCUGAACAGAAACACACAGCACACAAACAAUUAGGCUCCUUAGAUUCCUAUUUCAGUAAGCUUCAUGGAAAAGAAGAUAAGAGCCAGAGUGUUGCUAUUUCACCAGAUCGAUCUCUAGCUGCGGAUGUUUCUAUUGUAGAAUUGCAGCCAAAGCCAGAUGAAUUUAUAUCAAUACUGCCAUCUGAAGAAAGUCAAUCUACCAAAGAAGACAAGAAGACUACAAUGAAAACAGAUCUAAAUAUGUUAGAAAGUUAUCUUGAGAAACACGUUGUAGGUGCAAAAGAACCUUCUAAAGACAAUAUCCCUAGCAUUAGUCAAAAUGAUAGAACUGGAAAUGACUUAACAUCUGAAGAAGAUGAGUUUGCUAGAGAGGUUUUAGAUUUUGUGAAUUUGUUGGAAAAGAAAUUGGAGUCUUCAAAGCAAGAAAAGGCUUCAAAGUUGACUGAAGACAAGAAAGGAUUCUUCGAUGAGCUCCUUCCUUCAUAUGAUGGACGUUACAAUUCUUAUCUGAUAAAUAUUCUUGUUGCAAUCAACAUUGCAGUUUACCUCUUUGAGCUUGCAAGUCCAGUUAGAGGUUCAGAUAUUGGGAGCGUAUCACUGCCCCUACUUUAUGGAGCAAAGAUAAAUGAGCUGAUUUUGGACGGUCAAUGGUGGAGAUUGAUAACACCGACAUUUUUGCAUUCUGGAUUAUUGCACGUUGCCUUCAGUUCCUGGGCACUUCUCACAUUUGGACCUCUGGUUGAUAGAGCCUAUGGAUCACUUGCAUUUUGCAUGAUUUACUUCCUUGGAGGAAUUUGUGGAAACUUGAUGAGUUUUUUCCAUACACCAGAUGCUACCAUAGGUGGUACGGGUCCAGUAUUUGCCAUUAUUGGUUCUUGGGUCGUGUAUCUAUUCCAAAACAGGGAGGCAAUUGGAGAGGACACUGCAGACAUUAUGAUUCAGAAAAUAGUUCUUGCCAGUGCAAUAAGUGUUGGCUUGAGUUUCCUGACCCCUAUUGAUGAUUGGACACACUUGGGAGCAGCAUGCGCAGGCCUCUUAUUUGGGAUUCUAGUUUGCCCUGUUCUAACUAAUGGGCCUUCCGAAAAACUAUUAUCUGAACUUGCAGAUGAUGGUCAAGACGGAUUUCUUCUAGUCAGGAGGAGAGACCCCAGGAGAUUAUUUACAGUAUUCACUCUUUUUGUGGCUACUUUAGUUACUGUUUUCUUUGUCUUUGCUCCUUUUAUUACUGAAUUCCACUUUCCAGACAUGAGUGAUAAUUUCUAGUUCUAACAGAUAUUAGAUGAUAAUUUGCCUCAGUUUACUCUACAAUUUUGAGCAUUUCUGACAUUAUUAUUCAAGAGUAUCAUAAUCUGGCCUCCUUUCUGUGGGUUUGCAUUCA